AUGUCUUCUCACCAUUCAAUUCCAAAUGUGGACAGAAUCAGCGCCCUGCCAGACUCCAUUAUCUGCCACAUUCUCUCAUUUCUCCCUACCCAACAAUCCGCCGCAACAACCAUCCUCUCCAAAAGAUGGAAACCUUUGUGGCAUUCACUCCUCACUCUCCAUUUCGACGACAGAAACUUCACAGAUUUCGCCACUUUUCGACAUUUUGUCUACUCCGUCAUGCUCACUCGUCAAACCAUCCGAUCGUUCCACCUCAAAUGUGGUCUCUCUUCUCGAUGCGAUCCACAUGAUAUCAAUCGAUUCGUUCCUGUUGCUGUGGAAAAAGGAAUUGAGAGUAUCUCUUUAGAUUUUUCUUUCACUGAUUUUCAUUUUCAAAUUAGGUUAGAUACCACAUUUUCCAGUGUUUUCAAUUGCAAGAACCUUGUGGUUCUUAAGUUAAAGAAACUAUUACUCAAUGUUGUUCCUCAAUUUCAUUUUCCACGGCUCAAAACUCUUCAUUUCGAUAGUGUUUACCCUAUGGGAGAUGAUAAUGAAGGUUUUAAUACGCUUGUCGAAAGAUGUCCCGUUCUACAGGAAUUAGAAACAAUUGAUGUGCGAUUUAGGGUUCCGACGGAUUGUGUUGGAGGAGAAUUUAAAUGUUUUUCCAAUUUGGUUAGAGCUAACAUUUCUAAUUAUAAUUGGAAUAUUCCAUUUUCUUGGAUUUGUAAUGCAAAGUUUCUGCGUCUAUGA